GGCGGAGGCUCCCGCCGACAUCCCCUUCCGAUCAUGAUCGCCGCCGUCUAUGAAUCGGCGAAUUAAGGUAGGAGGAGGAGGAGAGGUACGCGCGGCCCGCAUUAUGACGAACAACUUCCUGACCACCAUACGGAGCCUCAAGCUGAUCGAGGGCUACAAGGCCGCGCAAAUCUACCCAUUCAGUUCGGGGGCCUCCACCUCCGGCUCCUCCGGGGAUGCCGGAGGAAGCGGCGGGGCCAAGCAACCCCCGCCGCCGCCGCCGCCGCGCAGCGUCUCCCUCAUGUCCGCGUCCAUGUGCUACCCGCACGCGCCCUCCACGUCGGGCUCCGACUCCACCCUGCCCUGCGGCCUCCCGUCGGCGGCGGCGCUCGACCCGGCGCUCGACGCCUGCCUCCGCCCCGUCGACCACGUCUCCGCGCUCGCCGCCUCCUACCGCCGCAUGUCCUCGGCCGAGGCGGCCGGCGACGACCUCUGCGACGUGUACCUGGAGCAGCACGCGCUGUUCCGCGCGACCGGGGACGCGCGCCUGCUGCGGCGGGCGCUCCGCGCCGCGCGCGUCCAGGCCUGCGACCCGCACCGCCGCGUCGUGCUCGCCGCCUGGCUCCGCUACGAGCGCCGCGAGGACGAGUUCGACCCCAUGCCGCCGCCGCUCGAUCCCUGCACCCCGACGACCCCGCUCCUCGAGUGCCCGCGCUCCGCGGUCUUCGCCAGGGAGUCCUCCGGCGUGGACCCCGUCUGCCCCUGCCGCCGCCCGCCGCCUCCUCCCCCUACCCCUCGCCCUCCGCGCCUCAUGCGCACCCCGUCCAACGCCUUCGGUGCCGCCGCCGCCGCCGCCGACGACGACGACGACGACGAGGAGGAAGAGGCGGAGACCAACGACCUGUGGUUCAUUAUCGGCCAGGAGGAGGUGGCGUGCGAGCGCUCCUGCAUCGCCGCGCUGGCCAAGCCGCUCAACACGCUCCUCUACGGCGGGUUCGCCGAGGCGCGCCGCGACCACAUCGACUUCAGCCGCGACGGGAUCUCGCCGCGCGGCAUGCGCGCCGUCGCCGCCUACAGCCGGAACGGCCGCCUCGACGACUUCCCGCCGGACACCAUGCUCGAGCUCCUCGCCUUCGCCAACAAGUUCUGCUGCGAGGGCCUCAAGGUCGCCUGCGACAACAAGCUCGCCUCCAUGGUGCGCGGCGUCGACGAGGCCCUCUCCCUCAUCGACCUCGGCCUCGAGGAGGCCGCGCACCUCCUCGUCGCCACGUGCCUCCAGGCGUUCCUGCGGGAGCUCCCCAAGUCGCUCGCCAACCCCGAGGUCGCGCGCCUGCUGUGCAGCCCGGAGGGCAGGGAGCUCCUCGACGCCGCCGGGAACGCGUCAUUCGCGCUCUACUACUUCCUCUCGUACGUGGCCAUGGAGGAGGACAUGAGGUCCAACACCACGGUCAUGCUCCUGGAGCGGCUCUGGGAGUGCGCCGAGCAGCCAUGGCACAAACAGCUCGCGCUGCACCAGCUCGGCUGCGUCAUGCUGGAGCGCGGCGAGUUCAAGGACGCGCAGGGCUGGUUCGAGGACGCCGUCGCCGAGGGCCACGUCUACUCGCUCGCCGGAGUGGCGCGCGCCAAGUACAAGUGCGGGCACAAGUACAUGGCCUACAAGCUCAUGAACAGGGUCGUCGGCGACUACGACCCCGCCGGGUGGAUGUACCAGGAACGCUCCGUCUACUGCGUCGGCAAGGAGAAGAUGGCCGAUCUCCGGACGGCGACGGAGCUCGACCCGACGCUGACGUACCCGUACAAGUACCGCGCCGCGGCGUUGCUGGAGGAGGACAAGUACGAGGCUGCGCUGGAAGAGAUCGACAAGGUGCUCAGCUUCAGGAUGGUGCCCGACUGCCUCGAGCUCCGUGCCUGGUUCUACCUUGCCGCUGGGGACUUUGAGGCCGCCCUGCAGGACGUGAGGGCGAUACUGACGUUGGACCCGACUUACAUGAUGUUCCAUGGGAAAAUGCACGGGGAGCAGCUGAUCGAGCUCCUCCGAGGGCAUGUGCAGCACUGGGACAUGGCUGAUUGUUGGAUGCAGCUCUACGACCGGUGGUCGGGGGUCGACGACAUCGGCUCUCUGGCUGUUGUGCAGCAGAUGCUCGCCAGGGAACCCGGGAACAGCAGCUUGCGGUUCAGACAGUCCCUGCUCCUGUUAAGGCUUAAUUGUCAGAAGGCUGCUAUGCGUAGUUUGAGAUUAGCACGGAAUAGUUCGAUUCAUGAGCACGAGAGACUUGUAUACGAAGGAUGGAUUUUAUACGACACCGGGCAUCGUGAGGAAGCACUCGAGAAGGCUGAGCAAUCAAUCAGACUCCAAAGAUCAUUUGAAGCCUUUUUCCUGAAGGCUUACGCUCUAGGAGAUUCUAGCCUCGACGUCGAAUCCGCGCUUUCUGUUGUUCAACUUCUAGAGCAGGCCAACAGUUGUGCAUCAGACAACCUUCGGAAGGGGCAAGCAUACAACAAUAUGGGGAGCAUAUACGUGGAUUGUGAUCUGCUGGAUGAGGCAACCGAGUGUUACAGCAUAGCACUGAGCAUUAAGCACACACGGGCACACCAGGGUCUGGCACGGGUCCAUUACCUGAAGAAUAGAAAAAAGGCUGCAUUUGAUGAGAUGUCAUCGCUUCUAAAGAUCGCCAAGAACAGCGCAUCGGCAUACGAGAAACGGUCGGAAUAUGCUGAGCGGGAUGUCGCAAAAAGUGAUCUCAACAUGGCGACGUUGUUGGAUCCGACCAGGACCUACCCUUACAGAUACAGAGCAGCUGUUCUGAUGGACGAGAACAAGGAGGACGAGGCGAUCGGGGAGCUGUCACAGGCCCUGGCUUUCAAGCCGGACCUCCAGCUGCUCCACCUCCGUGCAGCCUUCUUCGACUCCAUGGGUGACAACACGAGCACGCUCCGCGACUGCGAGGCCGCCCUGUGCAUGGACCCGACGCACGGUGACACGCUAGAUCUCUACAGCAGAGCAUCCACCAAGGCCGAUCAGUCACAGAGCUAGUGAAACCUACCUCGCGCCUGCGAUCAUCAUCGUCGUCGUGUUCGAUUCAGCGUAGGGGUGAACCUGUGUUUGCCCGGCAGAGUGAUGAAACGAUUUUGUCCUUCCAAACGCCAGGAGAAGCCUAGCGGAGGCGGGCAGGAGAAUGGGACUGCGGCACAUGUACACACACAUGUCAACUGAGUGUAAGUAUACCGGCAAAGGUCGAUCGAGCUCUGACUGCACAUACGUUCAGGAGAUGAUGAUGAACUUGCUGUAAACAAAUGUAAGAAUAGCGCGUGUAAAUGGUAAAAGGCAUUUUCAUAUGUAUACAUCAACUGACCAACAUGACAAGAGCUCCAAGAAAGGGAAAUGGGAGCU